UCUCGACACAAAGAAAUACUAGGACCGUGCACUGGAAAUAAAUGCUCAGAAGCUUUAGUGGUUGAUGGGCAUCAAAAGUGUCGACGUCGUGUUUGUAAAGCAAAGGAAAUUGAAAUAAAAACUGAUUUGUUUGAAAAAAUGAUUGUGGGAUGCUGUCGUACUCCACUUCGUUAUUCUAAAUAUUGUGAACUUCAUCUUCAUAAACAUCCAGAAACUGACAAUAACAAACAGAAAAAUAGCCGAGAGCUUGUUAUUUCUUCACAUAUUCGAAGUUGGAAGACAAGAAGGUCACAAAAAGAAAAACAUUUUGGUGCCACAGGUUGCUGUACUAGCAAGGCAAGAGGUGAUUCUUAUGUACGUAAAUGUGCACGAAGUUUUGGUGUAAUAGCAGCUGUAACUAACUGUUGUAUUGUAACUACGUUUGGUGAAUUUUUUAGAACGGAGACUCUAAAAGAAAUACUACAGUUAUUAACGAAUAGCAUAAAGGUAUCUGGAGUAGUGCCUAAGACGGCUGUUUAUGAUGACGGUUGUCAUUUGAUUGAAUAUCUACAUAAACAUAUUGGAAAAGAUCUAGCUGAAACAUAUGCUGCAAAGGCACUUUCUCAGAUCAAAUUUAGUGUAGAUAGAACAUACUUUCGCAAUCACGUUGGAUCUUGGUGUCGUGCUAAUAUGAACCCGGACAAGAAUCCACUUCUGGAAAAUAUAAAUACUCAAGCUGCAGAACAGCUAUUCAGUUGGCUUAAAGGUUAUGCAUCGAUUAUCAGUAGUCUUGGGUGGAAAAGAGCGUCGAUGUUUCUUCUAAUAAUAUUUCAUCAUAAGAACUUGAUCGCAACCAACAUUAAGUCCAGUUCUGUAUUUAACAUUGUCAAUCAAGUUCCACAUGAACCCACCAUUAGUCUGAUGCACACAGCCGAUUCAAUAUCACUACUAGAAGCGUCGAAUAUUCUUGCAUCAAGCACUUCAUCUUCAACCAACCAAUCGAACAAAAUUGUAGCAGACAAUUUAACAAAGUGUACACCUGAAAAAGAAAAGAAAAAGACAAUCAAUGAAUGA